AAUUCCCAUAAGACGGCGUUUUGUGUCGCGUAUCUUCAGGGCACAUUCUCGCCGACACCGUCGGUGGAAUUAGUCAACAUUCUGGACAGAAGACAAAGCAGCGGCUCAUACGGUCCAGGUUCCUUGUCCCCCGUACCGUCGAUGGGGGUGGAAGCUUGCAAGACCCAUGGAACCGCGACUGAAGGGCAAGGCGGGAACGAGCACUGCAAGAUAAAGAGAGGCAUCGUGCGACAUCACAGCUUCAACGACACGGGAGACCGAACGCUGACGACGCUCGCCAGGCAGCCGAAUUAUCCGUCGAUGCCGCUAAGACCGGAGGACUGCCGCAUGACCUUGGCGAAGAAGGACAAGAGAUUGGCCACCAUCGGCAGGCACUCGUCGAUGACGAACGAAACUGAGCUCAGCAACACGAGUAACUUGAUUGUUUGCAGUCCUACUUACGGCAUGUACAAUUCGACGGCGAAAAGCUCCAACUACUUCGUCACCGACGACGAAGCCGUCAGCAGGUUCUAAGCUGUAGCACUUUCGGGCCCGAGAGCGAAAUGUACAGGCCGAUUGCGGAAGGAUUGAAAUUAGUUCGUUUGAUUGGCACAAGAUAUCUAUCGCUUUUGAGUUUUAUUUUUAAUACCAGAAUUUCUGAAGUCGAUCAUCAGCAGAGCGUAAAGUCGAUAGGAUUAAAAAAUCGCGAUUUUUUGAUGAAUUUCUCUUAGAAGAGGCCUCUUCGCUCGGCAGGCCCAAAAGUACUGCUUUCUUUUGUUCUGUUCUUUUAUGAUAUCUCCGUUCGAAGACAAAGCAUAUUUGAAAACAGGAAACAACAAGGACAAUCAUAAAACCCGCCCCAUCCUGGCGUGCCCUCUUGGCGUGCUUGAUUAUUAUGCGGUUUUGUUGUUCGAUGAGUUCCAUAAAUCAGAAUUUUUUGAGCAAGAACUAAGCAAAAUCUUUCAUUCGUUGGUUUUCGUAAUUAACGUUCACGUUGGCGUCAAUAUCAUGAAAUCUCACGAACUAUUAUUUCAAUAUGUUCAUCAUUGUCGUGAAUAAGUGGCCAAGUGAAUAAGAGAGAGAGAAGUAUAUCACAGUCUUAUGAAAGUUACUUUGUAAGGAAAUUUAUCACUUCUUGUAUUAUAUUACUAAUACUAUCGAUUCAAUGAAAUACGGCGGUCGACAGAGCUAAUCUAUCAAUAGCUCGGGAACUAUAUUGUAAAAAUGAGAUUGCUAGAGCCACCGUCAAUGUAAUUAUUGAUCAAGACGAGCGCGCCGUAUAUUGAUGCAAGAAUAGAUACAGUAUUUUACAGUAUUUAGAGAACCCAUUUAGCAAUCUUCAGACUGACAACUAUAUACGGAACCAAUAGCUCAUAGAUGAUAUACCUAAUCAAUUUUGUACAAAUUGCAGAAAAUCUCCUACUUCGCAACAUUCCACUUGAAUGAAUGAAAUGACGAUUUUCUCGUUUUAUUAGAAAAAUUGAGAGCUCGGCUAAUUCGAAUACUUGAUAAUAUUAAAUGUGUAUUUAAUUUUUCUAUACACACCUGCGCACACAAACGAAAGGAAUUUUGAUGCACAUUUAUAACGAUUUCAGAUUCUUAAUGAGAGAAAGACUCCUAGUUGAAGGCGCUUCUCUCUAACGUUAUACUUGGCGUCAUGUUUAUGCGAGGAGAUAAAUGUGACGCCAAGGGUAAUGCAAUAUGCACUGACGCAAAUAAUGUUUAUUAUUUAAGUCUAAGUUAGAAAACAAAUACGAUCUGGCAAGCGCAAUCGUGAAAGGAAAACGCAACGCUGAAUUCUCCAUCGCGGAGCUUGAGUCGUUGGUGAAACGGAACGUCCAAAAAAGUGUCACGUAUGCAAAUUUAUGAUAUAUCGACAAGAAAGUACGAUAUUUUUCCACCGACACGAUAUAUCUCGUUAUACCCGUAGCAUUACUGUACAACUACUUACGAUUAAUCGAUGUUACAUUAACGGGGAAGCGAUUCCCCUCGAGCUCAAUACUGUAUCUAGAAAGAGUAAAUGAUAUUUAGAUAAUCGCACGAUGUAAAUAUAACGGGACACUUUUGUAUCUUGAAACAGAAUUUCGUAGAUAGUAAAAAUACCUUUUCCAUCGCCCGAGCUGUGGUAAGAUAAGUGUAACAUGAAUUUAUACGCGACGCAAUUAUAUAUCUAUCAAUUAUUGCUUCUGUUAAUUUUUACAGGACAUAGAAAUUUAUCAGGUGUAAAUAAAACCAGCAGAAUAAUCAGUGACACUUGCAAGUUGCAGCUGCAGUUUUAUUAAAAGUAUUAUUUAUUAAUCGGAAUACGUUACUGCAUUUUGGCUAGCGUAAGAUAAGCAUAGACGUAAGAAACAGCUAGAUUAACAAUAAGUGUUGAUCACGAAAGAAACAUGUGAACAAAAUCACGCGUCGAAAUAUCUACAUUGUCAUUCUUGUAUGGCCAUUAAUUUAUACCCUUUUCCUACACUGUAAAUAAUUAUUCAGUAUUAGAAAGUAAAGAUCGCUUUGAGCGAUCUAUAGUUUGCGAUCGAAAUUAAAAUACAAAUCUGUUUAUAAUUUUAUGUAAUAAAAAAAUACUUGAAGAAUCGGGAUCCACGCCUAUAAAAUGCAUAUCACUGAUAUAUAUUUUGUACCAGCGUGUAUUCUCAUUUUGCAAAAAUUUUUUGCAUUAGACAAACACAUAAAAUUAUAAAUAGAAUUGUAUCUCGAACUCUAGAAUUAUAAAACGUCUAAAAUAAACGAGACGCAAUCGCGUAGUACUUAAAGUAUAAAACUUUAUACUCGACGAAUCACUUUUUAGGCUCUCUCUCUUUUGUAACACAAACAAGAUAUAAAAUAAGGGACGAUGAAAAGGUGAACAUCGAAUACCUGCAUCAGUAUUAUUAAAUUUAAGGACGAGCAUUCGACUUAAUCGACUCGUGAAAGACUUGGCGAAAGUCCUUCCUAGUAGUACUUAAUUCUUUAAGAUAGAGUAAUUUACGAUUCGAUGAUCGCAAAACGUGUCCUCAUUUCCUAAAUAUUUCCUUGUAGAAAUCACAUAUUAAUCUUAAUAACUCUGUGUAUCGCACAAACGGACGUAACUAUUUGCAGUGGUAUUUUAAACGUAUUGAUUUUUGCGGAUGUCAAUACGAAGUCACUCUUGUAAAAGACUUUAUCUCUUCUUCCACAUCAUAAUUUGAUAUCUCCAUAAUAUUUCCGUAAUAAUUUAUUAUUUUUAUAUGAUGAUUCUUCAUACUUGCGUUGCAGAGAACGCAGUGAACAUAGAAUAUCUCGUAUCUAUUUUCUCUCGAAACUUCAAAAGCCACUUUUUUCGAGUUUGUAUGCAUAUGCGACCAUCGGAGCUUUUGUAAAAAAGUACCCUUUGUAAUGUCCACUUUAUACCUAUAUCAUAUUAUAUAACAUAUAUAAUUAAUAAGUAGUGCGACAAAAGUACUCGUUUAACGGAUAGAUACGCAAUCGAUAUUGUGCAACGUGAAUUAUGUGCCAAAACGUAAGAUAAAAAAAUGCCAUUGGCAUGACCGUGCCGAUAAUUUGCGUCGAGGAAGAUCCAAUUCAAAAGUUUUAUGUAAGUCUAAUUUCAGCACGCUCGAAUUUCGAUGUAGGAAACGGAUUUUCUUCCCGAUAAUGUAAACGCGACAGUUGAUGUAAGAUAUAUUCAUGUGCAGUAGAGUUCGAUCAAAUUGAAUUAACUAAUAAAUAAUCAAAUUAGCAAUUAAUGAUUCCGACUAGUCACUAAAUAAUUAGUAAGUCCAGAUUAAUAAAUAAUUAAUUGAGAUUAUAGAAUAACUAUCGGUUGUGAAUAUGAUAUCAAUCAUUGGCGAAAUAAUAAUUAUUACAUUUAAUUAUAAUUUUUCCAUUUGCGAAACCAGUGUGUAUCAGCAUGUAAUUUGAUAAUUAUCAAUUUCUAAUUAUUAAAAAUCAUAAAUUGCUUAAUAAUUACAAGUCACAAUUUAUGCAGCUAAUAAUCAAUGACGUGUGAUCAUUUAACUACGUAUUAUUUUAAUUAUUAUUACUGUGAACAGGUUGCAAAAUUAAUCAGAAAAAUAAUUAAUUACUGUCUAAUGCUAAUACAUUCAAGAUUGAUCACGUAAUUUCUUCUCCGCAAAACUAAAAAUUAAAAUAUUGAAACAAAUUUCUCGGAAAAUGACGGAAAAAAAACUUUUAAAAAUGUAAAAGCGAUUCGAGAAAACAUAAAAUUUGGAGGAAUAGACAAAAUUUAAUAACAAUUAUAUGAAUCGGCUCUUGAAUCUUUGCGGCAAAUACGGUCAGCCGAUGUACAAGUUAGUCACGUAAGCUUGCCUUAAUAUAAGAAUUGUUCAUUAUGAUAGGAAAGAGUUGACGUCCGAAAUUUGCAAUAAAGUUUGCGAAAAUGUCUUAUCUUCCUUUCUUUCACAAAAUUUGACGAAAAUAUCUGAGAUGGAUUCUGUAUAAAAAUUUUUUAACACAAAUAAAAUUUCACCGAGAUAAUGUAAAAAAAAAAUUUUACUUUAUACGAAAAACAGAAAAUCUGUGAGGCAUCUUUUAAUUCGAAUAUUUAUCUGUCAACAUUAUCCCGAUUAAAUUUUAUUCGCGUUGAAAAUAUUUUCUAAACAAAUAAAUGAUAUUAAUUCAAAACGUUCUCAAUAGAUUUCAUGAAAAUUAGAUAAGAAAUUGUUUUGUUGUAGAUAUUUUCGUCAUUGUAAAUCACCCGCAUUAAUAAUAGUCAUUACAAUAUUAUCGCAGUAUUUGUCACAAAAUCGCUAGGAUAAUAAUCAUUGUAAGGAACGAUGUCGCUCAAGUGCCGAAUAAAGGAGACGAACGUAAGUCACAAAAAAAUAUUUCUUCAAGAGCAUAUCUAUUUUACAAUCAUACUUAAUUCAUUGUAUUUAUUAAAAUAGAUUUAUUAAAAUGUAAUAAUGUUACAUAUA